ACGGCAGUCGACGUGACGGAUCUUCGCUGACGUCUAGUGAUCGAAUUUGUUCAGUCGUGUUGUAUGAUCUUUCGGAAUCCUGUUAUGGCGUAGCAACGGAAUCACGCAAGGAUGAAUAGAAUCGUGAGAUCUGGAGGCCCUUGUAGGGGCGGCUUGUUCGUCGUCGAGGACGAGGUGUGCCUCCUGGUGACGGCAAUGCGACGAGGUGCCCGAUGGUCGUCGCACUCUCAUCAGGAUGACGAUCAGGAUACUCUCAUGAAAGGCUUGAGUACUUUGAAAGAAGUAUUAAACGAACAUAGAGAUUUAUCCCAAUUAGAACCCGCAGUUUUUCUCACUCCCUUUCUGGAAAUUAUAAGAUCUGAAGAAACUACUGGACCUGUGACUAGUCUAGCGCUCUCGGCUGUUAAUAAGAUAAUUUCUUAUGGUCUCAUUGAUCCUAAUCAUCCUGCUAUAGCAACUUGCAUAGAAGCCAUAGCGGAUGCUGUUACACACGCGAGGUUUGUAGGUGCCGACGCGUCUGGUGAUGGAGUAGUUCUUAUGAGAGUUCUGCAAGUUCUGAAAGCCCUCAUGCUGUCGUCUGCUGGUGAUCAUCUUUCCAAUGAAAGUGUUUGCGAAAUUAUGCUGAGUUGCUUUAGGAUAUGUUUUGAAACGCGUCUUAGUGAAAUACUUAGAAAAACGGCAGAGAAUUGCCUGAGGGACAUGGUUCAACAUUUGUUCACCAGAUUACCUCAAUUUGUUGACGAUACCAGAGUUUUGCCGAAUAUGAAAAAAAUGAGAACAAAUAGCAUAGAGAAUACUCGUGGCAAGAAUAGAAAACACAAAAGUUACACGAGGCAAAAAUCCAAGUCUACCACGAAUGACAUCGACGAGAAGGAGCCGAUGAUUUCAAGUUCAGUUGACAAAAUACGAACUGGUCAUUUAGCUACCACACCCGUCUCACCAGUUGGCAAUAUCGUUGACAUGCAGGGAUCGUUGAAUCAUGGAAGUGUUGAUAAAAAUGAGGACGAGAAAAGUGAAAGCAAGAAUAAUAUUAACAAAGAUAAUAUUAAAGAUAGAAAUGACUGCAUCAAAGCAGUGGAUAAUCAGGAAACUAAUAAGAAACAGGAGAUUGAUACAGACGAAAGUAAUAAAGAUGUUAAAAAUGAAAUAGAAACGGUCGAGGUGAAUAACGCGUCUGAAAAUAUCAAUGUGGAGAAUAAAGUUGCAGCUUUAACAGAAAGUAAUAGUGUAGAAAAGGAAGAUGCGGCUGAUCAAAAAAUCACGGAUGAAUCUGAAUCUUCCAUCAAGCAAUCUAUUUCAGAAAAUCAAGGUGACGAAGAAAAAAGUAUCGAUUUAGCACAAUCUCCGACUGGUAGCGUGGAAGACUUAUCGAUAGACGAAAAUCUGUCUAGAACGUCUAAAAUGAAAGAGUCUGAACAAAUCGAGGAGUAUGUGAAUAGUCAGGGCGUCCGAUUUAUUCCGUUGCAACAACGGGCGCCAUAUGGCGCCUUAUGCGUUCGUGAAUUGUUCAGAUUUCUCAUUUCUCUAUGUAGUCCUCUCGACAAGCAGAACAAUGAAAUUAUAACUCAUCUAGGUCUUAGCUUAUUGCAAGUAGCGUUGGAAAUCGCCGCCGACGCUCUAUCUAAUUUUUCGUCCCUACUUGCUCUCGCGAAGGAUGACUUGUGUAGGAAUCUAAUCUUGCUACUAGGAACAGAUAGAUUGUCGAUCCUCGCUGUAAAUCUUCAAGUAUCGUUUUUGCUGUUUGAGUCGCAAAGAGAACAUCUAAAAUUCCAACUGGAACAUUAUUUAAUUAAAUUAAUGGAAAUAGUUGUUUCUGAAUCUAAUAGAAUCUCAUACGAGCAACGAGAAUUAUCGCUUGAGGCUAUAGUAAGAUUGUGGAGAAUACCUGGUUUACCCGCUGAAUUAUAUUUAAAUUAUGACUGCGGACUUUAUUCUACGAACUUGUAUGAGGAACUCAUGAAAAUGUUUUCUAAGAAUGUUUCUCUACCAAUGACCACUGGUAUGCAUACCAUGCAAUUGAUUUCCUUGGACGCCAUAAUGAUGCUGAUCGUCGGCAUGGAGAUUCGUUGCAAAGGCUGCAAGGAAUUGUGCAAACCAUCGCGUCAUGAGGCGUCAUCAAAUCUGCCUACGCGUGAAGAUUUGCUUGCUAUAAAAGCGAAUAAGCGAUGGUUGGCUCUUGGCACAGAAAAAUUCAAUGAAAAUCCACGAGAGGGUAUAGCGAAACUUACGGAGCACGGUUUGCUGGGCGGUACUCCAGGUCAUUCGGAUCCAGAAAAAAUCGCUAAACUUCUAAGAGAGAAUCCUGGUUUAGAUAAGAAAGCAAUCGGUGAAUACAUCAGCAAGAAAGAAAACAAGAACAUUCUCAAUUAUUUUGUGCAUAAUUUUGACUUAAGAAAUACUCGAAUCGAUCAAGCUUUGCGACUUUACUUGGAAUCCUUUAGAUUACCUGGGGAAGCUCCCCUUAUAUCUCUUCUACUUGAGAAAUUUGCCGAACAUUGGCAUGAUAGCAAUGGUAGACCUUUCGCUUCGGCUGAUGCCGCCUUUACGUUAGCUUAUGCGGUUAUCAUGUUAAAUGUCGAUCAACAUAAUUAUAACGUAAAGAGGCAAAAUAAUCCUAUGACUGCCGAUGAAUUUAAAAGAAAUUUGAAGAAGGUUAAUGGCGAUACCGAUUUUGAUCAAGAUAUGCUCGAUGAAAUAUAUACUUCAAUUAAAGGGGAAGAAAUCGUGAUGCCAGCUGAACAAACUGGGCUAGUAAAGGAAAAUUAUUUAUGGAAGGUUUUAUUAAGAAGAGGCUCCGGACUUGAAAGUAUGUACUUGAAAGUAGGCAAUUCUGGCGAAUUCAUCGAUAAAGACCUAGCCGAACAUGCGUGGGCUCCCAUUAUAAGUGCUCUUUGUCGAGCAUACGAUAAAGCACCGGACAGAUCAUUGCAACGCAAAGUCGUUCAAACAUUUCUUAGUUGCGCGGCAAUCAGCGCUUACCACAGCAUGUGUAAUGAUUUGGAUACGCUUAUAGUCAGUCUCUGCAAGUUCACGGGUCUAAUAAUCGGCGGGAAAUCCGAGCAAGUAGUUUUACAUCUCGGUGGAAGUCCAAAAUCCCAAAUGGCAGCUCGCACUCUUUUCAAGAUCACUCAUUUACACGGGGAUGCCUUGAGAGCGUCUUGGAAGAACAUUAUCGAUUGUUUGCAAUCGCUCUAUGAGGCGAGAUUAUUGCCAAAGAAUCUUACGGAGGCGGAAGACUUCAUUGAUCCGUCCGGCAAAAUAUCUCUACUUCGAGAACCGACCACGCCCAAAGCUUCUCCGGGUGAUCAAGGAAUACUUUCCACCUUUUAUUCCUAUAUCGCUAUGGACACGUCACGUCUGCCUCAUCCUGCUGAAGCAACCGCACGAAAAAAGGCCGUAGAGUUUAUUGCCAAUUGUUACCUUAAAGAAAUUAUAGAAGAAAGUAAAUUCUUUCAGAGUGAAUCACUUAAUUCUCUUGUUGGUGCUUUGGUGUCAGCUAAUCCUAACGACGAAGAUAUAUCUAUCUUUCUACUCGAGCUGUUGCUAGAAGUAACUAUACAGAAUCGUGACAGAGUAACGUGCAUCUGGCCUGUAGUCCAGAGUCACUUGGAUCGUUUAUUAACGGUGGCGGCACGUGAGAACCAUCCUUAUUUGCUUGAACGGGUAGCUGUGGGCAUGUUGAGAUUGGCUAUCAGGCUUUUACGCGGAGAAGAAUUUGCGUGUCUAUCACCUCUACUACCUUUGACCCAUUUGCCGUCCGCAACGACCGCACCGUUAGCUCAACAAAUCGCCUACGGUCUGUUCGAGCUACUGAAAACGGGCGCCGCAAACAUCCAUAGUGCGGAAGAUUGGAAGGUAGUAUUUAGCCUGCUGGAGUGCGCGGGUGCCGGCGCAUUGGCGCCCAAGCGAUCCAACACGGUUCUAGAUGAAACUGCAAACGCUCGGACAUCAGUCUUGGAUCCCAGACCUAUCAGUCCUGUACCGGAAUGGGUAUUAGUGUCGCCAACUGGUACCGAGGCACCGCUUCCAGUAGCCGCUGAUACGAUAGUGCUAGCGCGCGAUCUACAGUCGCACGACUCGGCGGCGUUCGUCAAAUGCUGCGAAAGUCUAAAUUUCUUAGUGCGUGACAUGGCACAUGUAACACCCUUCAAUUUUGACUUGUGCGUCAACUGCGUUAGAACGUUUGCCGAGGCGGUGCUGCAAUGUGCGGGCAAACGAAACAAGGUGUGCAAUUCCGCGGAGGAAUCGGCUGGUUAUCAACAGAGCCCGGUGCAACUCUUGGAUUUGAUGCAUACGCUGCACACGAGAAUCGCACAGGUAUUCCGAUGGUGGGCAGAAGAAGGUAGCAUUGACGAUGGUAUAUCCCUGUGGCCGCAAGCCUGGCGACCGCUAUUGCAAGGUAUCGCACGACUCUGUUGCGACGCUCGUCGACCAGUACGCACGGCAGCGAUUACAUAUCUUCAAAGUACCUUGCUGGCGCAUGAUUUGGCACAGCUAUCCGCAAUAGAGUGGUCGCAAUGUUUGGAGGAAGUAUUGUUCCCGCUGUUAGCGCAAUUAUUGGGUCCGAUCGCGUCCAACGAUCCUAUCGGCGUCGAAGAAACACGAGUCAGGGCCGCAAUGUUACUCUCCAAGGUAUUUCUUCAUCAUCUGACUCCACUGCUAACUCUACCUGGUUUUCUGCCGCUUUGGUUAACAGUGCUGGAGCUUCUGCGCGCGUACAUGCAUGCCGAUAACAGUGAGCUCUUGUUCGAAGCGAUUCCCGAAUCACUGAAGAACAUGCUGCUGGUGAUGUCGUCGGCCAAUGUUCUAGCGCCGAGUUCCAAUCUCUGGGCGCCCACGUGGAGGGCAAUCGACACGUUUUUACCGAACCUGAAAGCGGAACUCUUUCCCGAACCGCCUGUAGCGGUUCUGCCGCCUUCACAACUGCCACAGCAGCAAUCGUCACAGCCGCAAGUUAUUAGCUUAGUUGGCCAACAGCAGCCUUUGUCUUUUCCGGGACCUAUAGCGCCGCAACCAGAAAAUAUUCCCUCUUCGCCCGAUAUCGAGUGCUCUAAUGAGAAUAAUGUAGAUACGAAGACCGUCACGCAGCCAUUGGACAUUCUAAAUUCUGUACAAUCUAGCGGAGUUCCGAUUCCAGUUCCGUUACCGACAUUGAUGUACAAUACCGAGGGUAAGGAAACGCAGCAAGUAAUCACUCUAGUUAGCCAACCGGCACCCAGCGUGUCCAGUCCAGUCGCGGUGCAACCAACAGCUCAGAAUUUCUUUGAUAUUUGCUACUCGGCAAACUCUUUGAUCGAAAAGAUGGACGAACGACAGCAGCACCAACAAGAGCAGCAACAGCAACAAUCAGUGACGCCAAACGAGGAAGAGUACAGCAAGUUGACGAAGAAUAUGACGCAAAAUGUUGGUUUGGCAGACGAGAAUCGCGAUUUGAUACUCGCGAUGAAAAAAUACGAGGAAUGGAAACAGCAACAGGAGCAGCAACAAAUGUUAAUGCAGCAACAAUGCACGCAGCAUGUGCAAUCGGCGCAGUAUCAGCAUCCGACAACGGAAAAUUCCCCGUAUCGCGUGGAUCCCUCUGAGACGACAGUAGAUUCUACGGGGACAACGACAUUUAACUCCGCGGCAUAUUUUAGCGAAGAUCCGGCGGCGGAUCUCCUCUUCGUCGUCACUAAUCCUUGACCACUGUAUAUUUCCUAUGUAUAAAUUGUAUUAUAUAAAACAUUUCUACAAUGCGUGAUCAUGUUGAUCGUGUAGAACAGUAUCGAAAGUGAUCGAUUAUAGACAAAGGAAGAUGAACGUAGGCGCAGAAUCGUUGUAUCUUUGGUUUGUAUAUUUGGAAAGCACUCAUUAUAUACAAAUAAUAUAUAUCUGUACUAUA